AUGUGGAAGGAGAUCCUGGCUGAAAAGGAUCGGCUGCCGUGGAAGCAGGCCUCCGGCGACGGUCCCCAGUACAAGGCCUCCGGCGAUGGUCCCCAGUACAAAGCCUCCGGCGAGGGUCCCCAGUGGGCGAUGGUCCCCAGUCCCCCGGCGAGGUCCCCAAGGCCUCCGGCGACGGUCCCCAGUACAAGGCCUCCGGCGAUGGUCCCCAGUACAAAGCCUCCGGCGAGGGUCCCCAGUACAAGGCCUCCGGCGGGGUCCCCAGUACAAGGCCUCCGUCCCCAGUACAAGGCCUCCGGCGAGGGUCCCCAGUACAAGGCCUCCGGCGAGGGUCCCCAGUACAAGGCCUCCGGCGAGGGUCCCCAGUACAAGGCCUCCGGCGACGGUCCCCAGUACAAGGCCUCCGGCGAUGGUCCCCAGUACAAGGCCUCCGGCGAGGGUCCCCAGUACAAGGCCUCCGGCGAGGGUCCCCAGUACAAGGCCUCCGGCGAGGGUCCCCAGUACAAGGCCUCCGGCGAGGGUCCCCAGUACAAGUACAAGGCCUCCGGCGAGGGUCCCCAGUACAAGGCCUCCGGCGAUGGUCCCCAGUACAAGGCCUCCGGCGAUGGUCCCCAGUACAAGGCCUCCGGCGAUGGUCCCCAGUACAAGGCCUCCGGCGACGGUCCCCAGUCCGGAGCCUCCGGCGAUGGUCCCCAGUACAAGGCCUCCGGCGAGGGUCCCCAGUACAAGGCCUCCGGCGAUUGGCCUCCGGCGACGGUCCCCAGUCCGGAGCCUCCGGCGAUGUCCGGAGCCUCCGGCGAGGGUCCCCAGUACAAGGCCUCCGGCGAUGGUCCCCAGUCCGGGGCCUGCGGAGAGGGUCCCCACACCAGAGGCGCCACGAAAGUGGGGGGAGCCAGAGGUGGAGUGGAGUCUGCGUCCUGGCACCGGACCCUUCCACAAAGAUAG